GCUUCCUCCGGAGAGAUGAGGCGGAAAGAGAAGAGGCUGCUGCAGUUCGCCGGGCUGCUCAUAGCUGCUCUUCUUUUCCUCCCUAACGUCGGGCUGUGGUCUCUGUACCGGGACCGAGUGUUUGACAACUCACCCAGUUCGGUGGAUGGUCCGGGCGGCAUACUGUCUAUGCAGGGGUUGAACCAGGUGAGGCGAGUCGCUCAGCUGGGUCUGGAUGGAGUGAGGCGGAUAGACUGGCACGACUACGAGGCAAUGAGGAGAGAUGCUGCGCGAUCAGGUAAUGGUGAGCAGGGGAAGCCGUUUCCUCUCAAAGAAACCGACCGGGUCGACCAGGCCUACCGUGAAAACGGCUUCAACAUUUAUGUCAGCGACAGAAUCUCCCUCAACCGCUCCAUCCCUGACAUCCGCCAUGCAAACUGCAAACAGAAGCUGUAUGCAGAAAAGCUUCCGAACACCAGCAUCAUCAUCCCGUUCCACAACGAGGGCUGGUCGUCUCUGCUGAGGACGGUUCACAGCGUGCUCAACCGCACUCCUCCACAGCUCAUCGCAGAGAUCAUCCUGGUCGACGACUUCAGCGACAAAGAGCACCUAAAAGUGGCGCUGGAGGAGUACAUGACGCGGAUGCCGAAGGUUCGUAUCCUGAGGACCAAGAAGAGGGAGGGUCUGAUCAGGACUCGCCUGCUGGGAGCUGGAGCCGCCAAAGGAGAAGUCAUCACCUUCCUGGACUCUCACUGUGAGGCCAACGUCAACUGGCUGCCUCCACUGCUGGACCGGAUCGCCCAGAACAGGAAGACCAUCGUGUGUCCGAUGAUCGAUGUGAUUGACCACGACAACUUUGGCUACGACACACAGGUGGGAGACGCCAUGAGAGGAGCGUUCGACUGGGAGAUGUACUACAAACGGAUACCCAUCCCUCCAGAGCUGCAGAGAGACGACCCCAGCGAACCCUUUGAGUCACCGGUGAUGGCAGGCGGACUGUUUGCCGUGGACAGGAAGUGGUUCUGGGAGCUGGGAGGAUACGACACAGGUCUGGAGAUCUGGGGAGGAGAACAGUAUGAGAUCUCCUUCAAGGUGUGGAUGUGUGGUGGCAGGAUGGAGGACAUCCCUUGUUCCAGGGUCGGACACAUCUACAGGAAGUACGUCCCCUACAAGGUCCCAGGUGGGAUCAGCUUGGCAAAGAACCUAAAGCGAGUAGCGGAGGUGUGGAUGGACGAGUAUGCUGAAUUCGUCUACCAGCGUCGGCCCGAGUACCGCCACCUGUCAGCCGGAGACAUGACAGCCCAGAAGGAGCUGAGGAGCCACCUAAACUGUAAAAAUUUCAAGUGGUUCAUGAGUGAGGUGGCCUGGGAUCUGCCCAAACACUACCCACCGGUGGAGCCUCCUGCUGCAGCCUGGGGAGAGAUACAAAACGUGGGUAGCGGGAUGUGCAUGGAGAUCAAACACUUUGUGUCUGGGAGUCCAAUCCGCAUGGAGAGCUGUGUGAAGUCGCGAGGCGAGGUGGGCUGGAGUCAUGGACAGGUGUUAACGUUUGGUUGGAGGGAGGACAUCCGGGUGGGUGACCCCAUGCACACGAGGAAGGUCUGCUUCGAUGCUGUCUCCCACAGCAGCCCGGUCACCCUGUACGACUGUCACGGGAUGAAGGGGAACCAGCUGUGGCGCUACAGAAAGGAUAAGAGUCUGUAUCACCCGGUCAGUAACAGCUGUAUUGACUGCAGCCCGAGCGGGCGGCGAGUCUUCAUGAACUCCUGUGACCCGUCCUCCCCCACCCAGCAGUGGCUGUUUGAGAAAACAAACGCCACCGUGCUGGAGCACUUCAACCGAGGCACCAACUGAAGCCACUGAGAGAUAAGAGUGGAACUAAAUGUGAAUAAUGUGCUGCUUCAGCAUCAUUCCCGUUGGAAAGGCAAAGAUCUGGUGCACCAACCGAGAGCUGAAGAGAUGGUCAGACCACACGCAACAAUAUCUAGAUUACAGUCAUACAGAACAAGCUUCUGAUGAGGAAGGAGGAUGGGAGAGUCUCGGUAAAACCUGAUCAUCCUACAACAACCCCCCCAAAAUGCUCUGAAGGACUGAAGUUUGGACAUAAAACGUGUCGCAGAGAGGAAACUUUGUGAAGAUGUCUUUCAUUGAAAGCUUCAACCUGUCAAACACAGACUCUCCUGGAUCAAAUAGAAUGUCAAUUCUUUGCUUAUUUCUUACCUUUCCCUUUUUAAUAGUUGCCUUAACAUUUCCAUCAAUAGAAAUACCAGCGCCUUUGUGCAAAAAGGUACCAAAACAGCGUAGGGUAGCAUAUGUGGAAUUUUUGCAAAGUUAUAACUCUGUGGAAACUAAAGAAAAUGCCUGAGAACUUUCAACAAGUACUCCUGCACAGUGUGCAGGCUUACAGCAAGAAUAUGCCUUUUAUCAAUGGAACAUCACUUGUACAUAUUGAAAGUACAAAUAUUUAUUUUUCUACUGACUAAUAAAGUAUACAAUACAAAAGUU